GCAUUGGUCCUCCACUCUAUGCAACCUGCGCUCAGGAUAAAAAACUUGAGCUAGGCAGGAGGUAAAUACAAGACACAAGAAUGGCGUGCAAAUACUUCUCAUUUGCAGAAUCUUCAUCAUCUUAUCUAUUUUUCUUCAUAGUUCUCUUCUCCUUUCUUGCUCUCCUUCAUCAAGUCACUUCUUCUUCGGCGACUUCUCCUUCAGCACCAGCACAAUCCUCAUCCGAAGUCACUCUUGGCGACGGAGGACCAUCGGAAACCCCUACCUCUACAUAUAAUGCUAAAUGCGGCUGUGUUUUGCCGCCGAUGGAUCCCGUCAUCAGAAAGUCCAUCACAGCCAUAUCCCAAUUCAAGCAGUUAAUCACAAAUGACCCGAACGGGUUCACCAAAACCUGGACCGGAGACGAGCUCUGUUUCAACUCAGAGGCCUACAAAGGGUUCCAUUGUUACUCCCCCGACGGCAGUACACGGCUGAGAGUCGGCGGGAUUAACUUCAACGGCUUCAACCUAGACGGGACCCACCUCUCUCUGAAUGGCUUCAUCGACUCUCUGCCGGACUUGGCCGUCAUCCAUGUCAACUCCAACAAUUUCACCGCAGGUGAAUCUCCGCUUGCCGUUUCUACCGCCGCCCUACCCACCCUGUUCGAGCUCGACUUGAGCAACAACAAGCUCGCCGGAGAGUUCCCCGCCGCCCUUCUUGAAGCCACCAACUUAACAUUCUUGGAUCUCCGGUACAACGCGCUGGUGGGCCCCAUACCCGACAGGGUCUUCACGUUGGACCUAGAUGCUCUGUUUCUGAACAACAAUGGGUUCACCGGUUCGAUCCCGGAGACCCUCGGGAAGACGCCGGCUUUCUUCCUGUCCCUGGCCAACAACAAACUCACCGGCCCGAUCCCGAAGAGCAUAGGAAAUGCGGCGGAAACCUUAACCGAGGUUCUUUUUUUGAACAAUAAGCUGUCGGGCUGUCUUCCCUACGAAAUUGGGCUGCUGAAAAACGUGAGCGUCUUUGACGCCAGUAUCAACACGUUGACGGGCCCACUCCCCCAAUCCUUGGGAUGUCUCAAGAAUCUGAAGAUUCUCAACCUGAAAAGCAAUGAGCUUUAUGGGACGGUUCCAGAAUCUCUGUGCAAGGUGAAGGGUCUGGAGGAGCUGACCCUGAGCGGGAACUACUUCACACAGAUCGGACCAGAAUGCAGGCUGUUGCUGGAGAAGAAGGUUCUUGAUAUACAGAACAACUGCAUUUUGGAUCUUCCGAACCAGAGAAGUGCAGAGGAGUGUAAGAGGUUCUUUGUGCAGCCCAGGAAAUGCCCCGACCCGAGAUCCAUGCUGCAAGUGCCUUGUGAGAUCGUUGAAGUUCCGAAAAUGGUGGCGGAAGAGGCGGUGGCCGAUCAUCGUCUUCGUCCCCGCAAGUCCAAGAGGAAGUCCUCAAGAACUUAUAAAGCCCUCAAUAGUGUACACAGGCACCAUUGAUAUAUAUACUUCGCAUUACAUAUGUGAAUCGAUCUGCAUGGUGAUCGAGCUUAUAGUUGACAUUCAUGCAUCAUACAAGUACGUGAUCAUAUCUUCUUAUCAAUGUUUGUUUGCCAUUAUUCAUCUUCUCAUCUUUCCUCCAAGAUUUUGCUGAAGCCCUACGGACAUACGAAGUAUGCAAGAACAUCAUCAUCAUCAUUUCUAUAAUCUACUGUCUUCUUUAAGUUCUUUGUAUUUGUUUGUAUACUAUAUACUCCUUCCAUCCCAUUUGAUUUUGGGUUUAUGAUGUUUGACUAACUAUGAAAGAAUUACUUUUAAAACCUA